AACAUUCAGCGAGUUCAACAACAGAGAUUUGUGAUAAAACUGGUUACUGCUAUCCAAAAGUAUUUGUCGCCACCAACGAGUUUAAAGAAGUAUUAGAAGGACAAGAAAUACCCAUAGGGCUUCACAUUAAAAUCGAUUUCGAAACCGGAAAGAAGUAUGCGAAAAUUUUAGAUCACAAUGACCCAAGAUCUUCGGAAGUAGUUCUGAUUGAUGAGGAUGGAUCUGUUCGUCAAGACAGUACUGAGCAUCCCAUUAAAUCAGAAACUGACGAAUCAAACGAGAAUAAUUCUAAAGUUAUUUUUCAUUACAAAGAUUCUGUAAAUGUUAUUAAUAAUACAUUGCCAAAUAUACCAUCGAAACAUAUUUCGCAUUCGGACCAUGUACUUUUCGACAAUUGUAUUUCUCAACUAACGCAAUCAUCACUACCUUUAAAAGAAGUAAUAUCUGCACUGGAUGGCCUAGAAGAUUUGGUUCAUGAGCUUGACUUUGGAAUAAAGUUAGCUAGAGGUUAUGGACUGGUAUCAGUAGUUGCUCUUUUAGAUCACGAUUCAAGUGAAAUAAGGAAGAAGGCAGCUUUGGUCAUAGGCACUGCGAUGCAGAAUAAUCCAAUGGCUCAAAAUGAGGCUCUUAAAAUGAAUCUUAUCCCACAAUUUUUAAAAUAUCUUUCCGAAGAACAGGAUACAAAAGUUCAAUCUCGUCUUUUAUAUGCUUUGUCAAGUGUCGUUCGUGGGAGCAGGCAGGCAAUUCAAGAGGUUAACAAUUAUCAAGGAUUAUCUCGAUUGGCAACUCUAUACCAAAAUUUAGAGAACAAUGAAUUACGUGCGAAAUGCGCGUUGUUUAUCACUGAUUUUAUAGAUCCAAAUAUGGUCAAAGCAGAACAACCCAUUGAAAUAUAUGAACAAGGACAAGAACAACAACAAUUCAGUAGUGAUACUUUAUCGUCCUUGUUUUUGAAUGUAAUGAGUUUUUGGUGUAAACUGUUUCAAACUACUUUAUCCGAUAACCCCGCAAAGUCAACGGAAAUAGAUUUUGAUACGAGGGAAAAGAUACUCAGAGGUAUCUCAAUGAUCAAGAAUCAUUAUCCUUCACAAUGUCCUGCCCAAAGUAAUUUCGAAAAUUGGUUAUCGGAACAAGUAGAAUUGGUGAAGAAUGAAGAUUAUUUGGAAGAUUAUAUUCGUUUAUUGCAUCAAGUUAAAAUUCAAUAUGGGUUGAAUUGA